AGAUAUCGGAAAGGACGUGGAAAAUAUUAUAUUUCUAGUUUGAAGAACUUGACAAUUGUUAUUGAUAAGUGAGGUGUGGUUAGUAAGGUGCUGAAGAUGCCGAGAUAUGAGUUAGUUAUGAUCACAAAGGCCCUGGAACGGCCAGAGACAGUGACAGUGGUGAAACGUGCAGUACAGUCCUUGCUGAAUAAGGGAGCCAUCGUAAGACAGAUAGAGAACCUGGGGGAGAGGAAGUUACCCUACAUCAUGAGGGCUCACUCAGAGAACUUCACUCAGGGCAGAUACUUUGUAGUAGAGUUUGACGGCCCCACCACCCUUGUCGGCUCCAUGACACAGCUCCUCAAACAAGACCUGGACAUCAUCCGACCAAACAUCCUCAAGAAGGAGGUCAAACUGUUCCCCGACCCCCCGUGUCCUGGCAUGGUAACAAAGGAACCGAACUAUUACUCACCGAACCCUACAGCGUGGUUCGGCGCUGAGGACGUAAAACUCGAGAAGUAUAAUAAGUUUGAUAAGCGGUUGCAAGUACGGAAGGAGAAGAGACAAGAAAGGAGGGAGUUAAGGAAACAACGGGAGAAAGAACAACAGGAGAUGCAGUGAUGUCAUUAUGAACCUUGAGGGACUGUUACUGCAAGACUGCAUUGAGAUGUGUAUCAAAAGCGCCUCCUAAUGGCUGGUUACAGUACUACAGUUGCAGUAAAGAUGCUAGCAUAUUUAAAGAGUGCUGUUUUUGCUCUGAAGGCAAGGAUACUCAAUCUAUGUUUUGGAAAGGUAAAUCCUGUUAUAGUAAAACAGAAAGGUUAGAUUUUUAGAUUCCACUUUCAGUUUUCUGGAGAGAGUAGAAGAAUGUAAUCAUUGCCAUUUUUCUGAAACCUUGGUUUGUUUGAAUUAAGGGUGGGUAUCAGGACAGAAAAUUUGAGUACAGGUCUGACUCAGGUUCAGAGGAUCACGUACAGCUCAGGACGGCAUUUUAUUGGUCCUUUUGGUACAAAGGAAUAUGUAUGGUGGAGUAUUCUAUCAGGUCUGCUCUUAUUUUUUUUCAGGUCUUUUUUUUGUGACCAGUCCAAAAAACGUGAAUUCUUUACUGCAAUGAACUGUUAGACAUGUAACUGAUGCAAACACCUACGAGGCUGUUAAGGAGUCAGACCAAAAAGAGAGUUCCUUACAUAUGUGUAUCUAAUGAUUGUUGAGAAGUUCCAUUCAUACGUAGAA